AUGACCGCAAGAAUGGCACCUAUAGAGGGAGAGGCCAAGAAGCGUGUGUGCUACUUUUUCGACUCUGACAUUGGGGGAUUUCACUAUGGACCCGGGCAUCCAAUGAAGCCGACUCGUAUACGGAUGUGCCACUCGUUGGUUAUGAACUAUGGCUUAUACAAGAAAAUGGAAAUCUUCAGAGCGAAGCCAGCUACGAAGCGCGAAAUGACACAAUUUCAUUCAGAUGAAUAUGUUGACUUCUUGAAUCGAAUAACACCCAGCAAUAUGAAUAGUUUUAUCAAAGAACAGCACAAAUACAAUGUUGGGGAUGAUUGUCCUGUUUUUGAUGGUCUGUUCGAGUAUUGCUCAAUAUCAGCAGGGGGUUCAAUGGAGGGGGCAGCACGCUUGAGCCGUGAUAAAUGCGACAUUGCUGUAAAUUGGGCAGGAGGUCUGCACCACGCGAAGAAAAGCGAAGCGAGUGGCUUCUGCUACGUGAACGAUAUCGUUCUUGGAAUUCUUGAACUUCUACGAUAUCACCAGCGGGUACUUUACAUCGAUAUCGAUGUGCAUCAUGGAGAUGGCGUUGAGGAGGCUUUCUACACCACGGAUCGGGUAAUGACCGUUAGUUUCCACAAAUACGGGGAAUACUUUCCUGGGACGGGAGAGCUGAGAGAUGUCGGAGCGAUGAAGGGUAAGAAUUACGCGUUAAACUUUCCAUUACGCGAUGGUAUAUCCGACGAAAACUACAAAUCUGUCUUCGAACCGGUUAUACGACAAGUAAUGGAGACAUACGAUCCUUCGGCUAUCGUGCUGCAAUGUGGUACAGACUCCUUAUCCGGCGACAAGCUAGGUUGCUUGAACUUGUCUAUGCGAGGACACGCAAAUUGUGUGAAGUUCGUCAAAUCGUUCAAUAAGCCGCUACUUCUUCUAGGAGGCGGAGGAUAUACAAUGCGUAACGUCAGUCGGGCGUGGGCGUAUGAAACUGGUUUAGCAGCUGGCGUUGAGCUUGGCCCAGAGAUCCCAAUGAACGAAUACUACGAAUACUUUGGACCGGACUACGAAUUGGACGUGAAAUCAUCGAAUACGGACGAUAUGAACACACGGUCAUAUCUAGAUCGAGUGAAACGCAUCGUAUUCGAGAAUCUCAGGCAGAUAGGCGGCCCGCCCGGAGUCCAGAUGUCUGAUAUACCAAGUCAUCCUAUCGAUAGUCUGAUGGAUGAUCCCAAUCAAGAUGAAGACGACCUCGUUGAGCCCGACCAACGUCGGCCCCGAAGACUUCUGGACUCUAGGCGGCAAGCUGAUGGAGAGCUCUCGGAUUCGGAUGAUGAAGGCGAAGGAGGGCGAAGGGACCAUGCCAGCCACCACGACAGUGGACUCUCGAAUGGUUCUAACGGAAACGGUGGUGCACCUGGUCGCAAAUAUGGCGUCCUUACUGGUAUAAUGGCCUCUGCUCAGACUGGAGCUUCUCACGGAGCUGGUCCCAGCGGUCAGAAAUCUGCUCGUAUCCAUUCAUCGGGUGCCCAUGAGAUGGACGUCGACUCUCCCCCUCCGACGGAAAAUGGGGCCAGCACGCUUCGGUAG